AUGGCGUCGUCUGUUCUCUGGUCGAUCUUGAUCGCUACUCCUCUUGCCCUGGGCUACACUAACCCUCGCUCCAUUUCAAUUCCUGAAGACUACGAUGUAUUGCAAUAUGUUGACCCGCUUAUCGGAAGUUCGAACGGAGGUAUAAAUCUUCCAGUCGGGAACGUCUUCGCCGGCGCGUCACUUCCCUAUGGCAUGGCGAAGGCUGUAGCCGACACAGAUUCUGUGAACAACCAGGGCGGCUUCGCAUACGACGGGAGUAACAUCACGGGGUUUUCCAGUCUGCAUGAUUCAGGUACUGGAGGUCAACCGUCGCUUGGGAACUUCCCCAUUUUCCCCUAUGCGAGCUGCAAGGAUGACGAUGUCAAUGGCUGUGUGUAUCCCAAGAAACUGCGCAAGACGCGCUACGACCCCGGGUCUGUGUCUGCGAGCCCGGGUUAUUUUGCAUUGACCAUGGCAUCGGGAAUUCAGGUAGACAUGACUGUAUCCCACCAUGCAUCUCUCUUCCGUUUUCGGUUCCCAGCAGAUCGCGAAACCAAGCCCCUUAUCCUGUUGGACCUUAGUGACUUGUCCGACACGCGACAGGACAAUGGAACCAUUGAUGUAGAUGCUGACACGGGGCGGAUGGUCGGCCAUGCUCGCUUUUUGCCCAGUUUUGGAAGUGGUUCCUACACUCCGUACUUCUGCAUUGACUUUCGCAGUGUCUCCGGUGUCAGAGACAAUGGUAUAUUCGUCAAUUCACGAGCGAGUACGGAUGUAAAGAAUCUCACCAUCUCCCGGAGCAUCAAUGGCUACCCUCUACCGGUUUGUUCAGGCACCGAACCUGGAGGUGCUUUCGUUCGAUUUAACUCGUUGGCCGAUCGUACAGUUCUAGCUCGGGUAGGCCUUAGCUUCAUUAGUAGCGAACAAGCUUGCAGCAACGCUGAGUCUGAAAUCCCUAAUUUUGACUUUAAUGCGACGCAUUCCGCCGCGGUGGAUUCAUGGACAAAGAAGCUGGCCCCAAUUCGAGUAUCGAGAAAUGGGGUUAAUUCUUCCUUCCUGUCCACGUUUUAUAGUGGAAUCUACCGUACCAUGAUCAAUCCGCAGGACUACACCGGGGAGAACCCACUUUGGAAGAGCACAGAGCCAUAUUUUGACUCUUUCUACUGGUAUGCGCACCAUCUGUCCGUAGAGAUCUUCUCUGAUAUAAACAUCUGGGCUGGCUUCCAGACUGCCGCAUGUCGCUCUGCAAAGGUGCGGAACUGUAGCCCUAUUAUUAGAAGCGGGCUGACCGGUCUAGGUUACACCCAAGGUGGCUCAAACGCGGACGUCGUCCUUGCCGAUGCGUACCUCAAGGGCAUUUCCGACGGAAUAGACUGGCAGGCUGGCUACUCCGCCGUCCAGAAGGAUGCUGAAGAGGAGCCGUAUGACUGGUCGAAUGAAGGACGUGGUGGCCUGGACAGUUGGAAAUCGCUGAACUACAUUCCAGUAGAGGAUUUUGACUACAAGGGUUUUGGAACGAUGACGCGGAGCAUCUCCCGCACGCUGGAAUACUCUUAUGAUGACUUCACUAUUGCACAAAUGGCCCGUGGCCUCGGAAAGAUGGAUGAUGCUGAGCAAUACGAAGCUACUUCUCGAUUUUGGCAGAAUCUGUUUCGCGAUGACCAGGCCUCGUUCAUAAACGGAACUGAUACUGGAUUCAAAGGCUUCUUCCAACCUAAAUACCUGAAUGGGACCUGGGGAUAUCAGGACCCCAUCACCUGUUCCAACAUCGACACGAGCGGGAGAGCUUGCUCGCUUCAAAACAAUGCAGCCGAAACCUUUGAGGACAGUAUAUGGGAGUAUCAAUUUUUCGUCCCCCAUGACAUGGCCGCCCUCAUCACUCGUCUUGGAGGCCCAUCUCAAUUCAUCCGUCGCCUUGACUACCUCCAUGACACUGGCAUUACAUACAUCGGCAACGAGCCCUCUUUCCUAACCGUCUUCCAGUACCACUACGGCAGCCGUCCCGGCAAAUCCACCUCCCGCGCUCACUUCUAUGUCCCCAAGUACUUCAACGCAAAUCCAACCGGCCUUCCCGGCAAUGACGACUCAGGCGCCAUGGGCUCCUUCGUUGCAAUGACCAUGAUGGGUCUCUUCCCGAACCCAGGACAAAAUGUGUACCUGAUCUCAGCUCCCUUCUUCGAGUCUGUCCGCAUCGCCUCGCCACUGACGGGACGGACCGCCACGAUCCGUGCCGUUAACUUUGAUCCCGAGUACAAGAACAUCUAUAUCCAAUCUGCGACACUGGACGGAAAGCCUUAUAGCAAGAACUGGGUGGGACAUGACUUUUUCACCGAAGGACGGGAGUUGGUGCUUGUGUUGGGAAGGAAUGAGAGCCAUUGGGGUACCGGAAAAGAGGAUCUGCCGCCGUCUCUGUCGACAAGGGGUGCUCUCUUUGACUAA